UAAUGAUUAUAUAUUUGAACACCCCAUAGUAAACAGCAAAGCGUCGUACUUUUGAGGUUAUUCGUGAGUUGUUAUUAUUGUAAAUUAUCUCUCAAUUCAUAAAUAAUACCUCCAAGCCAACGAUAAAUCAUGGCAAAGCAUCAUCCAGAUCUCAUUUUCUGUAGAAAACAACCUGGCGUGGCUAUUGGUCGCUUGUGUGAGAAAUGUGACGGCAAAUGCGUGAUCUGCGACUCGUAUGUGCGUCCCUGCACCCUGGUGAGGAUAUGCGACGAGUGUAAUUACGGGUCUUAUCAGGGAAGAUGCGUUAUUUGCGGAGGUCCCGGUGUCUCGGACGCCUACUAUUGUAAGGAAUGUACCAUACAGGAGAAAGACAGAGAUGGCUGUCCAAAGAUUGUGAACUUAGGUAGUUCCAAAACUGAUCUAUUCUAUGAAAGAAAGAAAUAUGGGUUUAGAAGACAUUAGCAGUAAUUUAUUUAGGAUUAUUGGUUUGUAUUGUAUUUAAUGGUCUAAGGAAGUACAUACCAUACAUUUUGAAAGUAUGGAUAAAUAAAACUAUUUGCCCCAGU